CAUAUAAUCUUUGCUUUCUCUCUCUUCUCUUGGCUCUCUCUCCCUUGCUCCCUGUGCAGAAAUGGCCAAGUUAUUGCCAACUGAUUCAUGCACUAAUACAAAGUCCAUUUCAGUUUCACAGUUGUCUGAUUCUCUUCCUGCAAAUGGAGGCAAUGGAACUUACAGCUACUCCAACAACUCCUCCUAUCAGAGAUUAUUUGCUCAUGUUGAAAGGGAAAAAAUUGAUGAAGAAAUUGCAGAAAAGUUUGAGAUCAAAAAGCUCUCUUCUUCUUCCUCAAACACCAUUGUUCUUGCUGACUUGGGUUGCGCUACUGGAUCGAACACCUUCAUGACGAUGCAGCACAUUGUAAAGUCCAUGAAACGAUCUUUCCAAUCGCUUUGCCCUAGCUCGGCAUUGCCUGAGUUUCAAGUGUUCUUCAAUGAUCAGGUCACCAACGACUUCAACACGUUGUUUCAAUCGUUACCGAUGGAGCGAGACUACUUUGCAGCAGGCGUGGCGGGGUCAUUCCACCAUCGGCUGUUCCCGAAGGCAUCGGUGCAAUUCGUGCAUUCUUCAUACGCCGUCCACUGGCUGUCAAGGAUCCCGGAGGAGCUGCGGGAUGAGAGGUCACUGGCAUGGAACAAGGGGCAUAUCCACUACCUGGGGGCGGCGGAGGCGGUGGCAGCGGCUUACGCGGCCCAGUUUGCCAAGGAUAUGGGAGAUUUUCUGAGGGCUAGGGCGGAGGAGUUGGUGGAAGGAGGAAUAAUGGUGAUUAUCACAUCAGGAAAUCCUGAUGGAACUUCAGCUUCUCACUUACCAUCUGGUUUGCUCUAUAAUUUUCUGGGCUCUACGCUCAUUGAUAUGUCAAAAGAGGGAUUAGUGAGUGAAGCUCAAGUGGAUUCCUUCAACUUGCCAAUAUACAUCACUUGCCCAUCAGAGAUGAGACAAUUGGUAGAAGAAAAUGGGGAAUUUAGCAUUGAAAGAAUGGAGCUAACAGAUCCAACCACAUGGGUAAAGGGUAACAUUGAUACUCAAGAGUGGGUGAGCCAUGUAAGGGCAGCCAUGGAAGGCAUCUUCACCAAACACUUUGGAGACAACCUUAAUAUCAUCGACCAAAUGUUUCAAAGAGUCAUCAAAAAGCUUGAACACCAUCGUGAGGACAUCAACUCUAAGCUCCAUGAAAAAGUUCAACUCUUUGUUGUUUUGAAACGCAAAUAAAAGUAGUACUCAUGCACACACUUUAAAGUUCUCUCCCCUUAGCAUUUUGAGUGUAAUUUUAAUUUGUGAGCCACCUUAAUCAUCUACAUUAUCAUUA